AAUUGAUAAAUAUAUAUACGACAGAUAGAAAACCCUAAUUAUAAGUUAUGAAGUGUCGCCGUUACACAAAAAGGUGAACAUUUGCACUAUAAAAGCAAGCUCGAGAAAAUAUCUCCUUUCAUUCUCUCUUUCGUUAAACCCUAAAGUUGUCUCUUAGGGUUUUAUACUCCCGCUGCCUUCCCCUUUCCUUUUCUUCUUCUUUUUUUUUUUCAGACAGCAAAAGGCUCGGAAAUGGGUAAAUCUACAAAGAAGUCCGCCGCCACCAAGGUUGAUGCUCCAACCAAACCCAUGAAGAAAGGAAAGAGAGAAGCUGAGGAUGAAGUUGACAAGUUAGUGAGUGCAAAGAAGCAGAAGAAAGAUGUGGCUGUAGCACAAGCUGUUGAGAAAAACAAGAGUGAUGCAAAGACUCAGAAGAAGAAGAAGAAACAAGAAAGCAGUUCCUCUGACGAUAGUUCCUCUGAUUCUGAAGAUGAAAAGCCUGCAAAAGCAGUGGUACCUCCUAAGAAAGUGGCUCCUGCCAAAAAUGGAAAAUUAGCCAGCAGUUCUGACGAUUCUGAUUCUACAGAUUCUUCAGAUUCUGAGGAUGAAGCUCCUUCUAAGAAGGUUGUUGUGGUUUCAACCAAGAAUGGUGUUGCUGCUAAGAAGAAAGAUGAGUCAAGUGAUGAGUCGGAUGAUAGCAGCUCUGAGGAAGAUGAACCUGCACCCAAGAAACCUCCAACUAAUGGCUCUAAGAAAGAUGAGUCAAGUGAUGAGGAUGAUAGCAGCUCUGAGGAUGAUGCUGUUGUUAAGAAGGCGCCUGUUGUUAAGAAGGCGCCUGUUGUUAAGAAGGCGCCUGUUGCUGCCUCUAAAAAAGAAGAAUCCAGCGAUGAUGAUUCUUCGUCAACUGACUCUAGUUCAGAUGAUGAUAAACCUCCCUCUAAGGUAGUUGCCUCUAAGGUUGUUGCUACGAAGGCGCCUGGUGCUGCCUCUAAAAAAGAAGAAUCCAGUGACGAUGAUUCUACGUCAACUGACUCUAGUUCAGAUGAUGAUGAACCUCCCUCUAAGGUAGUUGCUCAACCUAAAAAAGCUCCUCAAGCCGUGAAGAAGACUAGUGACAGCUCUGAAGACACUGAUGAUUCCGAUUCCGAUUCUGAUGCAGACAAGGCCCCAUCUAAAAUACCAGCUGCUGCUGUGCCUAAAAAGGUUUCUUCUUCUUCUGAUGAAAGUGAAGAGGAUAGUUCUGAGGAGAGUGAUGACGAAGAGCCUCAAAAGAAAAAGAGCAAGCCUUCUAGCACUCCAGCUGUAUCAAAAACUCCAAAGAAAGAGAGUAGUUCUGAGGAAUCUUCCGAGGAAGAUGAGUCCUCUGACGAGGAAGAGGAUGACAAACCAUCCAAAACUCCCAAGAAGAGUGCUGAUGUAGAAAUGGUUGAUGCUGCUUCCGCGAAAGCUCAAAAAACCCCUAUUACUCCCAAAGCUCAAACUCCGGGGUCGAAAACAUUGUUUGUUGGAAAUCUGUCCUAUUCAGUUGAACAGGCGGAUGUGGAGAAUUUCUUCAAAGAUGCUGGAGAAAUUCAGGAAGUGCGCUUUUCUACACACGAGGAUGGCUCAUUUAAGGGCUAUGGUCAUGUUGAAUUUGUCACUGCUGAAGCUGCGCAGAAGGCACUUGAACUAAACGGACAAGAUCUUUUGGGCCGUGCUGUGAGAUUGGACCUGGCUCGUGAGAGGGGAGAAUAUACACCGCGCACGAGAGAUGAGAACUCAUUCCAGAGGCCGGCUAGAAGUGAAGGAACAACAAUUUUCGUCAGGGGCUUUGACAAAAAUGAGGCUGAAGACCAGAUUAGGAGCUCACUUGAGGAGCAUUUUGCAUCUUGUGGGAAGAUCUAUAAAACAAGAAUUCCUACAGACCCAGAAGGAUAUAUUAAAGGGAUGGCUUAUAUUGAGUUUGCAAAUGGUGAUGCUAUAAACAAAGCUCUGGAACUUGAUGGGUCAGAAGUUGGAGGAUUUAGCUUGAAUGUGCAAGAGGCAAAGCCAAGGGGUGACAGUUCUAGUGGAGGCGGCAGAGGCUUUGGUGGUAGAAGUGGUGGUAGGGGAGGUGGCAGAGAUGGUGGUGGUAGAUUUGGUGGUCGAGGUGGUGGUGGUCGCUUUGGUGGUGGUGGCCGCUUUGGUGGCGGUGGACGUGGUGGUGGUGGACGUUUUGGCGGCGGAGGCAGAGGACGAGGAACUCCCAACAAGCCAAGCUUCACUGCAUCUGGUAAGAAGACUACCUUUAAUGAUGAUGAGUAACUUCUUGUAGAUUGGAUUCUACUGUCAACAUAUCUAUCCUUCUAUCUUGUUGACGUAGUUUUGAUUCUACAUGUUAUAAAUUUUGUUAGUUGCAAGAACUUGGAAACGUAGUAGUGUUAGUAGAAGAGUUGGAUAAUUUUGUUUCCUUAAGCUUAGUUUGUACCAUUCUUUUUGGGUGGAAAAUGAUUUCUUUGUUCA